AUGGGUCGAUGGGGUUACCGUAUGAUGACAACGCGUUUUCCACAUCUGAAACUUACUGACUGCUUGAAAGGGCUCUUCGAGGCCGAUAUCGAUAUCGACAUUGCCUGUGAACUCGAUGAUGCCUUUGUAUCGAGGGAAGGCGCAGGGAGUCUUCGGCUCUCCCGCAUGAUCAAUCAGACCGACAUGCUGGCCCCUCCUGGCGCCAGAGCAUACCAACAAACCGAAGAGUACCGCCUCGAGCUGGACAAUCUCAUUGUCAACAUUCGAAACCAGCUUGACUCUGGUCUUGGAGACAAGCUUUUCGACAAGUACCGUGCCUUGGAGAACGAGUUUCUAGGCCAGUACCGAAUCAUUCUGGUCGGCGCCUUGAUGAUGCGAGCUGGCGCCAAGAUCAAGAAGGAGAACUUCCAGCAUCUGCGCGACCUUGUCCCCCAAAUUGACUGCCAGCAUGGCUAUACUCUUCCCAUCAACGACCUUGGGUUCCGUGGCCCAGGCAAGGCCCAAUUCCUUGCUGCUCUCGACAAUUAUCGGCCGGGAACCCCGCGAAACUACGAGGAGCCAAGCUGCUUUCAUUGCGGCAAGGACUGCCAGAAGGCUCAUUGGAAGGUCCAUAAGCCGUCCUGCAAGCCCAUGUGUGAGGUUACAUUUCUGAAUGUCUAG